AUGCCGUUAUCGAGACCCCGUCAACGUCCGCGCAUUCCUCUGUUCCGCAGCCUGAGUGCAAGCGCCGCGCCCACGGAUAACGCCACCAGCGCCCAGGAUGAAACCCAACCCCGUCAACGCUCGUCUGGUGGCUUCAGUCUUCCCACCUUGUCUACCCUCGCCAGCUUGAAUUUCUAUCGCCGACCACGCACCAAAUCUACAGGCAAGCAAAGGAGUACUCCCGUAGAAGACGCCCAGAGUCCCGAGCGACCGAGCACCACAUCGCCUCAGGUCGCCCCUAGAAAGAGGCCUAAUAAGCCCAAAGAUCUACCGCUGCCGCUGGGGCCGCCCAAUAGCAACACGGGGGACACCAACACCACCACUGCACCAGCCACAGUUGCACCCACAACACCCACCCGACUCGAGCCCGAGCCCGAGCCAGAGCCAGAGCCUAGUGAUCCCGAAUCCACCUUGGCCAGUGCGGCUCCAGCUUCUCGUUCAGUUUCACUUUCUCUUCACCCAGACACCACCUCCAGCACCACCGCCGACACCAGAACCUCCAUUCCGACAACAAACACUGCUCCUACGACGGCUUCUCUCGACAGUUCAAAACCGACUGGACCUGCUCCUCCUUCGUCCCCGGCCCUCGCUCAAUCCUUCUGUCCUGAGGUCCGCAUUCAACGUCCUUCCACUCCGACUAUCCCGACCCUCUCCUCUGUACAAUGCCUUCGACAUGAGACGCUCGACGUUAUGCAGAGAAAAAUAUGGGUGAAACGACCCGGCGCCUCUCCGACCCGAGUCGAAGUUGCCGAAGAUGACCUGGUCGACAACGUCCGCGAUGUCAUUCUGCAAAAAUACGCCAACUCGCUGGGUCGCAGCAUCGACGCUCCAGACAUCACCCUCAAAAUCAUUAGCCGAGAACAUGGCAACAAAAAUGUGAACGCUGAGCGUGCUUUGGGUCCCGAGGAACCCAUCGGCGCCACCCUCGAUGCCUAUUAUCCCGGCGGCCAGCAGGUCGACGAAGCCCUCAUUAUCGAAGUGGCUACCCGCAGAACCCCCCGCGCCUCUCCUCGCCCUGGAAACCACCAGGUCUCCUACUACUAUACCGACCAAUACCGCCCCGAUGACGCUGCGCGAGAGUACUUCCCACCCAUGCCGCUCCACUCUCCUCACCUAGCCCACGUUCCGCAUCCUAAUUCGGCUCAUUCCAUGGCCGUCUUGACCACCGGCCAGCUGCCCCCUUUACCUAGUCCCGGCUCACAUGGCCAGAGAAGACACGCAAGGCCGAAAUAUGCACGACAGCACACAAGCAGUCCCACCAUCCUCCAUACCGUUCAGCCGAAUGGUCAAGUUAUAGAAUCCAAAGCACAGCUCAACGGGCCCGCACCUUCAUCAGCUCCUCUUCCUACACCGCCCGCCCAGGGAUCGAAUGAACAUAACCCCUCGAUCACACCCCCUAACCGAGUCUCAUCUCCACAUCCGGGGCAAAAAUUGAGGAGGCGAAAAGGUCCUGCCUUUGGUCGGUCCGUCAACGGUGACCCACAAGCCGCUCCCAAGUCUCUCCCCGCUGCCGCAAGUCUGUUGGACGGAACAGUUCCACCGAUCAACGUCUUGUUGGUGGAAGACAAUGUAAUCAAUCUGAAGCUGCUCGAGGCCUUUAUGAAACGCCUAAAGGUGAGAUGGAAAUCUGCAAUGAAUGGUAAAGAAGCAGUGGCUAUGUGGAGAACAGGUGGAUUCCAUUUGGUUUUGAUGGAUAUCCAACUGCCGGUCAUGAAUGGGCUGGAAGCCACCAAAGAGAUUCGACGCCUCGAGGCCGUAAAUGGCAUUGGUGUUUUCAGUGGCAGCCCUAUCGAGACCGCCUUGAAGAGCCCCCAGGUCAACGGAAGCCCUGUAGGCGAGGCGGAUGCCCUCCCCGACCGCAGCCUGUUCAAAAGUCCUGUCAUUAUUGUGGCUUUGACCGCAAGUAGUUUGCAGAGUGAUAGGCAUGAGGCUCUAGCUGCUGGCUGUAACGACUUCUUGACAAAGCCGGUCAACUUUGUAUGGAUGGAGCGUAAAGUCACGGAAUGGGGCUGUAUGCAAGCACUGAUUGACUAUGAUGGGUGGAGGAAAUGGAAGCAGUAUGCCGAGGACAAGAAUAAUGAAGAUCCGGCCAAGAAAGCAGCCGACGACAAAGAAGAAAAGGCCAAAGCGAAGGCUGCACUCAAAGCCAUGUUCUCGAGACCUCCCCCGACCACGAAGAAGGACAAGGAUAGUGGAACAAGCAGCGGAUCCAACAACACCACCACAACAAUCUCGUCGACAACAACCAACCCCAGCACCGAAAGAACAUCAACCCCGGUGCAGAACGGCACGCCCAAAAAAGGAGGCGGUUCAGGCCAAGGCUCCAAUCCAAGAACCCACAAGAGCAAUCGCAGCAUUGCUAGUGGAGGUGGUGGAAGCCUAGAGAGCAUGGCCGAGGAGGACGAAAAGGCAGCAUGA